AUGUUAGAGUUACAUCCCGAAAUUGGGGAAGUGCAUCUUACCCGGCCGGCCACGGCUGCCACCACACGCUCCGCACUGGAAGCGAUCAAGAAAAAGUUCGAACUUGCAGCUGCCGCCGCAAGUGCAGAUGUGAGCGAGAAGCUUCUACUCGAGAAAGGAAAGGAACCAAAGCUGACGUUCGGUUCCGCGGGAGUUCCAUCGACUCCGGACGGAACCGAGCAUUCACCGGCCAAACCACCGUCAGCCAUCGGGAUGAUUGAUUCCCGUGGGUGCGCCAAACCAGCCAAAAAGUUCGGCGGAACUCGCAGCGAGUUCGUCGGCAAACUGCGUGCCCUCUGUGAAGCGGGCGGUGUAACGGGUCUCGCUGGUAACGGCGGAGCAGGAGCCGGAGGAGGAGGAGGAGGCGGAGGUGGUGGAGGUGGCGUUGAAGAGAAGCGCAUCAGCAAAAGCACCGACGACAUUGCAGAUAGCGACGAUCGCGACAUGACCAAUACACAGCUAUGGUUCCGUGGCGUCAGGCCAUCGAAGUUCCGGCACGUGUACGGUUUGCCAACGCGGAAAGAGUGCUGCUACACCGACAUCAGUGUGGUACGCAGUGGCAAUGAUGGUAACUUCUGUGCCGUCAAUCCGACAUUCCUGGCCAUUGUGGCCGAUACGACGUUCGUUGUCAUCCCGAUCGCCACCACCGGUCGAAUCGAUUUCCAGUGCUGCAAGGUGAUUGGUCAUGCGGGACAGAUUCUCGAUCUGAAGUGGAACCCCUUUGAUGAUCACACGAUCGCAUCCGCUUCCGAUGAUUGCACGAUUAAAAUCUGGAACAUUCCUGAAGGCGGUUUGGCUAACAAUCUUACCAGCUACGUGACGGAGUUGGUUGGCCACAAGCGUAAGGUGCUGCACAUUGAAUGGCACCCAACGGCGUCGAAUGUGUUGCUGAGUGCGGGUUUCGAUCAUCAGGUUUGCGUGUGGGAUGUUGGAAAUACCGAACGACCGCUGCUGAAUGUCAUCGACUGUCACGUCGACAUGAUCUACAGUCUCGCAAUCAAUCGGGAUGGGUCGAUGAUUGCCACCACGUCGAAGGAUAAGAAGUUGCGCGUCAUCGAACCGCGUAGUGGAAUAGUCGUCUCGGAGGGCAUCUGUCAUAUGGGUACCAAGUGUUCGAAGGCAGUAUUUCUGGACAAUGGCCGUAUCCUGACGACGGGUUUCUCGCGCCAUUCGGACCGUCAGUACGCCGUCUGGGAUCAGCACGACCUGAGGAAACCGCUCACACAGGAGGUGAUCGAUAGUUCGAGCGGUAUCGUCACGCCGUACUACGACUAUGACACGCGCAUGGUGUAUUUAGCUGGCAAAGGUGAUGGUAACAUCCGGUACUACGAGGUGGUGGACGAACCACCGUACGUCCACUAUCUGAACCAAUUCCUGUCCGGCCAGCCCCAGAAAGCUCUCGGUUUUAUGCCGAAGCGUGGACUCAACGUGCACCAGUGUGAAGUGUUUCGUUUCUAUAAACUGCACGCGGCCGGAAACAUCUGUGAACCCAUCUCGAUGAUAGUACCACGCAAGUCCACGCUGUUCCAGAGUGAUCUCUACCCAGAUACGCUAGCGAAUGUGCCAGCGAUCGGGGCCAAGGAGUGGUUCCAGGGUCGUAAUGUUUCCCCAGUCCUGAUGUCGAUGAAGACGGGUGAGUCAAUCACGGAGGUAUCUAAUGGCAAAACGAACCGGAGCAGCACAGAGUCGAAGAUUCAACGAACACAUUCCAUCCAUCUUGCCAACGGAAAUCAAACGAACGGAGGUACCAACACUAAUGGUCACACUGCAAUAUCGAACGGAACGGAUCGAAGCUACCAGCAGAAUGGUACUUACGGAUCGAACCUUACCAAUGGCAAUAAUCAUCCGUUGAGCAUUAAACAGCAGCAACAUUCGCUCAACAAAGAGAACGAAUUACUUGACAACCGCAAGAUGGACAAUAAUACGAAGAAGUUUGCCUUCCUCUCGCAACCGACCAUUCCUGACUAUCGACCGCAAACGAUUAUCGAAAAAAGCCAGAAAACGUCCACCAACCAGAGUACAAAGUUUCACCAACUGCAGGCAAUCUUUGGGCAGCAAACUACAAACCACAAGGACAUUGCCAACCUGCAAAACAAUCUGCUCAGCAACUCGCGCAACAGCUCCCGGAACAGUUCGCUCGAAAACAUUAACCUGCUAAACUCGGAAAACGAGCUCCGGAAGGCAUUUAACAAACAGGCGGACGAAAUUAAGAGUCUGCGCAAAACGCUUAACGUUUCGGAGAAGCGUGUGCGCGAGCUGGAGGCGGAAGUGAAGCGGCUGCAGCUGCAACUAAAGCAACACCAGUAAUUCCGU